AUGAAAACAACUAUUGCUACCCUUGCUGUCCUCGCCGGAGCUCAUCCCCAUCCAGGAUACCCUGAACUGGAGCUCGAGGAGUUUGAAAUGACCACGGCGAUGCCUUAUGUUCCCCUGACGCCUGCUACCGUUCUUCGAUUCUCCUCUAAAUUGCUUUCCCUCCGCGAUAUCGACCUCAUCGCUAUCGAAACACCCGUCGUUCUCAAGUCCGCUGCUGGAAGCAACCACGAUGAGGAAGACCACGAGCACGAAGAUGAAGAAGACCACGAACACGAACACGACGAUGAGGAUCACGAUGAUGAUGAUGAUCUCGAUGCUCGUGGAUCGAGUGUCCGAGGCGAGGAGCGUUAUCGUAAUUACGGUUGCUACUGCACGCCAACAAUGGAAUCAAUGAAAUCUGACUUCUGGGUCGGAACAGGAGAACCCGUCGACGAGAUCGACACAAUCUGCAUGCAGCUUUUCAAAAGCUAUCAAUGUUUGAAGCGAGAUUUCGACGGCUGCACGCCCGAUACCGAGUACGAGUGGGUCACCGACACCAAAGGACGUGCAACAUGCGAAAAUCCAGUGGGAACUUGUGCGGGUGACCUUUGUCGACUAGAUCUUGAUUUUGCAAAUGAAAUUUUCGCUGCUCGGAAUUCAUGGAAAGCGCGGUUUCACAAACUUAAUGGCUUCGAUAGACAAGAAACUUGCGGAAUCCAACAGCUUAUCAACUCUUCUCCAAAGUCAUCGAAGUCAAACGAAAACCGAAAUAGCAAGAUCUCGGGCGCAUUCAAAAAUGCAGACAACAAGGAAGACCCAGUUCAAUGCUGCGGAGAAGGACUUCAGCGUCAUCCCUACCACUCCGGUCGACUAGAAUGCUGUCUAGAUGGAGCAACUCGACCUACUGGAACAUGCUAA